AUGAAGCCCCUUUUCCUAUUGUGUUUCUUUACGUUAACGAGAGCCCGACAUGUGACUGAUAGUGAAGUGAUUUCCAAUUUUGUGUCUCGUGAAUCUUUCGAGGAUUUGGCAGUGUCAGCGGCUGAGCCACGACCAGUGGUUGUGGAGUACUAUCCUUCAGAGGUUUUGCCUUUGACGGCAGACCAACAUGCUUUCAGUGAUUCCGAGGUUAGUCAAGCUAGUGAAAAAGUAGAAAAAAUACUGCAAAGACCUAUAUCGUUUUCUUACCAAAACAACAACGACCAGACUUCGGAUGCCUCAGAAGUGUCGGAGGAAGAAGAGGAUGAAAAGGAAGCUGAAGUAACGGAAGUGGAUCAGAAACCGGAUACUGUCGACUAUUAUAAAUACGUGAAAAACGUCGAAUCAGCAGAAAACGAUGAAGGUGCUGGAAACGAAGACAACAAAAACGAAAAAACUCAAUCUAAAAAUGAAGAGAUCAGAGAGAAUGAAAACGAAGAAAGCGAGGAAGUAAUAGCUGAAACUAGUGACCACGAAGAUAUUAAAAAUGAUGACAACAAAGAGGAUAAUACAGCUGAGGACUCUGUAUCUGAAGACAGUGCAUCGGAACCCUAUGAAGUACAUGAAAGUCAAAAGGGAAAGGCAGGAGGAGGUCAUGGAGGCGGCGGUGGCGGUCAUGGUCAUAAAAAAGGUGGAGGAGGUCAUGGUGGUGGAGGUGGAGGCCACGGAGGAGGAGCCCGACAUGUGACUGAUAGUGAAGUGAUCUCCAAUUUUGUGUCUCGUGAAUCUUUCGAGGAUUUGGCAGUGUCAGCGGCAGAACCACGACCAGUGGUAGUGGAGUAUUACCCUUCAGAGGUGUUGCCUUUGACGACAGACCAACAUGCUUUCAGUGAUUCCGAGGUUAGUCAAGCUAGUGGAAAAGUAGAGAAAAUACUACAAAGACCUAUAUCCUUUUCUUAUCAAAACAACAACGACCAAACAUCGGGUGCUUCGGAAGUGUCGGAGGAAGAAGACGAUGAAAAGGAAGCUGAAGUAAGUGAAGUGGAUCAGAAACCGGAUGCUGUCGACUAUUAUAAAUACGUAAAAAACGUCGAAUCAGCAGAAAACGAUGAAGGCUCGCAUAAAAAAGGAGGAGGAAAAGAAAGCUAUUCUAGUCACAAAGGAGAGAAAGGCGAAAAGGGAGAUAAAGGCUACAAAGGACAUCACCACCACGAAAAAGGAGAUAAAGGACACCAUACUAAAGAAAAUCAUGAAAAAGAAUACGAGGAGAAAGGAGGUGAAAAGAAAAAUCAUCAUCACGAUGACGGAUAUAGCGCAGAAUACCACAAGGGAGAAAAAGGAAAUAAAGGAUCAAAGUACCAUGAAGAAGGCAAACAUUCAAAAGGGCACAGCACCAAAGGAGAACACAGCAUCCAUAAAAAAGAUGAGUACGAGAAGAAACAGGAAUUCUACGACGAAAGCCAUGAAGAAGAUGGAUUUGAAAAAGAUGGAGAAUAUUUCCACGAGGAUGAUUACAAAAAAGGAAGCCAAGAAAAAGGCAGCUUCGAUAAAGGUGGCGAAGAAGAAGCCCAUUAUGGAAAAAAACACCACCACGACAAAGGUGGGCACUUUAAGGAACAGAAAGGACACAAAGGCUCCAAGGGACAUGACUCACAUCAUGAACACGAAGAAAAACACGGUAAAAAAGGAAGUGACUCCGGUGGAAAGAAAUGGUCAUAUGGAAAAGGUAAUGGCGGUGGGGGAGGGGGUGGAGGAGGAGGGGGACAUAAGAAGGCACAUUUACACGAACAAGCUGAUGAAUCUCACAAUCCUAUACGUGUUGUUUAUCCAGAAGAGCUUCAUGUAAAAGGUGUAGUCCAUGAAGCAGCUCCAAGGUUAGAUUUGGAGGAAAACAGUCGAUAUCUAAAAGAGCCCAACGUGCUAUAUCCCCCGUUAAACACUUUACCUCUGAAUCGAAAUUAUCCCUCAGGGAGUAGCUCCAAACGCAAGAAGCACCACUACCUAAGCCAACCUCUUCCAGUAUUAUCUAGUUAUAUAAAGGAAAAUCACUUCCACCCCAUUGUAAAUCCAAUACAACGGAGGAUGGAUGAUGUAGCUGAUGUAGAGCACACACCAGAAAGUUCAAAAGAAAUCCCUGUUUCACGACGAAAACUGAAUGACGAAAAACCGGUUAUAGAAGAAACUGAAUUAAGUACAGAAGAAGCUGAUGACAAAAAACCUGUUGUAGAAAAAACUGAACUAAACACGGAAGCAUCUGAUGACGAGAAACCUGUUAUAGAAGAAACUGAAGAAAACACGGAUGAAUCUAGUUUGGUCAAAAGUGUUCCAACAACAGAUCAAGUCGUUCCUCCUAGUAUUCCUGAUUUGGAAGAACAUGAAGAUCUUCUAGAAAAACAUGAGGCACUACUCAAUAAUAUGUUCGAGGAAGAAGCUGAGCCAGUUAAGACAGCAUCAACUAAAAAGAAUAAGAUGAGACAUAUGUUUGGAAAUGAUGCACAAAGCUCAGUAGAAUAUGAGGAUCUGUUAUUGCCAGAUGGUUCUUCAGAUUCGGAUGAGAUAGGAUCUUAUAGCAAAUAUAAACUAGGAGAUUACCGGCAAAGGGAGAAUGUUACGACGCCAUUAACAGUUGAAAGAGAAGAAGAAGAAGAAGCAGUAACUACUUUUGAGUCACCUUCUACUACAACUAUAGAUACAGUUAAUGAACCUGAAAAUAGCGAAACCCGACCAGUAGUCUUUCAAGAACCUUUGAGCACGUCAAUGAGGCCCAUUGUCGUCAUGGAAGAAUCAUCCGAACGUUGAAUACUUAUGUGAUAUAUAGAACGCAAUAUUUAUAUGUUUUUACUUAGUACUGUUAUUUAUGUUAUUUUGUUAUUUGUUUUUGUUGUAAGACUGUUUUACCAUUAAACUAUUUGAGAAUUAGUAAAUUUAUUACCUUUGAAACAUCAAUUCAAAUAAUGUUUAAGUGAUAAAAUCAGUUCUACAUAAUAAAAAUUAAUUAUUAUGCAAAACCGGACAACAAUAUAUCGUUUAGGUUUUCAAAUUCAUGUAAGAUGC